AUGCCCAUUUUUCCUCUCCCCAUCUGCAACAUCAGUAGUAGUCCUCUUCCAACUGUUCACAAGUAUUAUCAGUCUGGAGAUUUCAUCAUUUCUGCCAUCAUUUAUCAGAUCAUUUUUCUUUCAUCUGAGAUCACUUUUCAAAGUCUUCCUUCUCAUGAAUUGCUUGAUCAGUAUCUGUUCCUCACUCAUAAUUACCAACACACUUUGGCUUUGGCAUUUGCUGUAAAAGAGAUCAAUGAACAUACUAGAAUUUUACCCAAUAUUACCCUUGGUUUCCACAUUGCUACUGACAAUUCUUUGGAAAGCACAACAUAUCUUUUAGCAAUGGAACUUCUCUCUACAAAAGGCAGAUUUAUCCCAAAUUACAAGUGUGAUAUCCAGAACAGUGCAGCAGCAGUGAUAGGAGGACCACAGAGAAAGACCUGUCUCAACAUGGCAAUUAUAUUGCAUAACUAUAAGUUGCCACAGAUCACAUAUGGCUCAGCUCCCUUGAUGAAUAAUGAAGCAGAUGUGGGUUUUUUCAACUGGAUGUUCCCAAAUGAGAUGCAUCAGUUUAAUGGAAUACUACACUUACUGUUACAGUUUGGAUGGACCUGGGUUGGUAUAGUUUCUAUGGAUGAAGACAGUAAACAGAGGUUCAUUCAAAAAUGGCUUUCCAAGUUUUCUGAGAGAGGAAUCUGCUUUGACUUUAUGGGAUGUAUCAACCAAAUGAUGUAUGGUAAUGAAGCUGCUGAAAUGAUUGAAGAGACAGAUAAAGUAUAUCAAGUCAUCAUGGGGAGUACUGUCAGUGCAGUAAUCUUGAAUGGUGAAAUUUGGACCAUAAUGACUUUGAGAAUAAUGAUCUAUUUAUUAGAUUCUGAUGAUAUUUCCAAGGAGAGAAAAUCCAAAAUUUGGAUCAUGACAGCCCAGAUGGAAUUCACCUCCAUCCUAAUGCAAAGACAGUUGCCCAUUGAUUUUCUCCAUGGUGCUUUUGCCUUUGCAAUUCACUCAAAGGAGCUGACUGGAUUCCAACAAUUUAUGCAGAACAGAAACCCAAACUUUGACAAAGAAGAUGGUUUCAUUAAGGAUUUCUGGAAAGAUGCAUUUGAAUGCUCAUUCUCCAGUGAUGUUACAGAUGAGAAUACUGAAAGGGUUUGCACUGGAGAAGAGAAGCUGGAGACUCUUUCAAAUUCUGUGUUUGAGAUGACCAUAAGUGGACAUAGUUACAGCAUCUAUAAUGCAGUCUACGCUGUAGCAUAUGCUCUGAAGGCCUUGCACUCCUCCAAACUCAAAGAAGGUCAAAUAAUGAAUAAAAAGAGAUGGAAGCUCUUCCUUCAAUCAUCAUGGCAGACAUUACCUCUUUCCAUCUGUAACAAGAAAUGUCCUCUGGGCCAUAGCAAAAUAAAAGUGGAAGGGAAAUUAUCCUGCUGUUAUGACUGUAGACGGUGUCCAAAAGGAAUGAUAGCAGACCAACUGGACUUGGAUGAUUGUCUUACAUGUCCAGAGUAUCAAUAUCCAAACAAAGAUCAAGAUAUGUGCAUUCAAAAAAGCAUAAAUUACUUGACAUAUCAAGAAUCUCUGGGGAUUUCUUUGGUAGUGAAUGCUAUCUUAUUUUCAUUCAUCACAGCUAUGAUUCUGGUGAUCUUCAUUAAAAACCAGGAAACUCCCAUUGUCAAAGCUAACAACAUAAAUCUCACUUAUUGCCUUCUCAGUGCUCUUCUCCUUUCCUUCCUUUGCACUUUGCUCUUCAUUGGGCAACCUAAACAAGUGAAAUGUCUCUUGCGACAAAUUGUUUUUGGCAUCCUCUUCUCAAUAGCUCUUUCUUGCAUAUUGGGGAAAACAACCAUAGUGGUUCUAGCUUUCAUGGCCACCAAACCAGGCUCCAAAAUGAGGAAAUGGGUGGGGAAAAGGCUGGCAAACAUAAUUGUCCUAUUUUGCUCCUUGGUACAACUCACCAUUUGUGUACUAUGGCUGGUAAUUUCUCCCCCUUUUCCAGAUUAUGACAAACACUCCAUGGCUGAAGAAAUUGUCCUGCAAUGUAAUGAAGGUUCAACCACAAUGUUUUAUACAGUCCUUGGAUUUUUGGGAUUCUUGACUGCUAUCAGUUUCACGGUGGCCUUCCUAGCUAGGAAUUUACCUGAUAGUUUCAAUGAAGCCAAAUUUAUCACCUUCAGCAUGUUGGUCUUUUGCAGUGUCUGGGUAUCAUUUGUUCCCACCUAUCUGAGCACCAAGGGGAAGUACAUGGUGGCUGUGGAAAUCUUUUCCAUUUUGGCUUCUGCAGCUGGAUUACUAGGUUGCAUAUUUAUGCCUAAAUGCUAUAUCAUUAUUCUAAGACCUGAUCUGAAUAAGAAGAAACAACUAAUAAAGAAAUGA